AUGCUGACCCUAUCCUCCAGAUCGAAACUCGUGGACAACGAGCAGAUAUCUGCAGCGAGCCUUCACAACCCCUUGCCCUUUUACCUCAAGGCUUACAUAUGGCCAUUUACCAUCCUGUGGCCUAUCUUUCUCGCUUUCUACCUCAAUGAGGAUCUUUACGACGAGUAUAUAGACGGCCAGGAAUGGACUUUUGUCUGGAUCGUCUCUCUUGUCACCCUACAAUCGCUGACAUGGCUCUCUACGAAAUGGAGCGUAAAUAUGGCUACACUCUUCACUACUACCAAGGCCAAGAAAGUGCAGGAUGCGCAGCUCAUCAAGGUCAUACCCGUCGUCAACUCCGGAGCGCCUGCGAUUUGCAAAUUGGAGCGGGAACAAGAUGGAAGAAUAUCGUUCGUGUUCCAGAAAAGAAGGUUCUUAUAUUCUCCCGAAAAGGGCACAUUUGCACCGCUGUCGUACGCAAUUGACCGAAAGGACAAGCCUCUUUUACGGGACUUCCAACUGUCUAAGGGCCUGACCUCGACAGCUGAGAUCGAAACACUACAGAAGCAUUACGGCGACAAUACUUUCGAUAUCCCUGUCCCUACAUUCAUGGAGCUAUUCAAAGAACAUGCUGUGGCGCCGUUCUUCAUCUUCCAAGUCUUCUGCGUCGGAUUGUGGCUACUCGAUGACUACUGGUAUUAUUCUUUGUUCACUCUGUUCAUGUUGGUCGCUUUCGAGAGCACCGUGGUCUGGCAGAGGCAACGGACCAUGAAUGAGUUUCGGGGAAUGAGCAUCAAACCCUAUGAUAUCUGGGUGUACCGUGUCGGCAAAUGGGAGCAGAUCAAAAGCGACAAAUUGCUUCCGGGCGAUCUCGUGUCUGUGGGAAGGUCGCAAGAAGACUCCGGCGUUGCGUGCGAUAUGAUACUCAUUGAGGGCACAGCCAUCGUCAACGAGGCCAUGUUGUCUGGCGAAAGUACACCGCUUCUGAAGGAAUCAGUGAUGCUCCGUCCAGGUGACGCGCCUAUCGAUCCUGAUGGCUUGGACAAGAAUGCCCUUCUCUGGGGAGGCACCAAGGUACUCCAGAUCACUCAUCCUUCUGCCAGCGAGGAUCCUUCGGAAGCAGUCCCUGCCGUCAAGUCCGGCGUCCCGUCGCCACCAGAUAAUGGUGCUAUGGCCGUUGUUUUGAAGACUGGCUUCGAAACCAGCCAAGGCAGCCUUGUCCGAACCAUGAUCUUCUCAACGGAGCGGGUUUCAGCCAACAACGCUGAAGCGCUGUGGUUCAUCCUGUUCUUGCUCAUCUUUGCGCUUGCGGCUUCGUGGUAUGUGUGGCAAGAAGGUGUCAGGAACAACCGCAAACGUUCGAAGCUGCUCCUUGAUUGCAUCUUGAUUGUCACCAGCGUUGUGCCUCCUGAGCUACCAAUGGAGUUGUCUUUGGCGGUCAAUACGAGUCUGGCAGCCCUCAGCAAAUUUGCCAUCUUCUGUACCGAGCCCUUCCGGAUUCCAUUUGCAGGACGUGUCGAUGUCGCCUGCUUUGACAAAACAGGGACGCUUACUGGUGAAGACCUUGUUGUCGAUGGUAUUGCCGGCCUUGGGCUCGGCAGAUCGGAUGUUCCGACCGAACCUGACGGCGCUCAAUCUACUGUUACCAAGGUGCCCGAAUGCGGCAUUUACACGACUCUUGUUCUAGCCACAGCACAUGCUCUGGUGAAGCUUGAUGAAGGGGACAUCGUGGGAGAUCCAAUGGAAAAAGCCACUCUGAAUGCACUGAACUGGAGUCUCGGCGAGCACGACACCCUGACAAGCACACCCCCGCCGAAAUCCAAGAAGAAGCAUAUCUCCACCGCAGGGGCCACGCAUGUUGUCCAAAUUAAGCGACGAUUUCAGUUUUCUUCUGCUCUUAAACGUCAAAGCUCCGUGGCCGUUGUUUCUACGACCGAUCCCAAAACUGGACGAAAAGCAAAAGGUACUUUUGUCGGUGUCAAAGGUGCCCCUGAAACUAUCCAAAAAAUGCUGGUGGAGACUCCGCCCAAGUACGAGGAGACUUUCAAAUAUUUCACCAGGAACGGCGCAAGAGUCCUCGCACUUGGUUACAAGUAUCUUUCCACCGACAGUGAACUUGGUCAAAAGCGUAUCAAUGAUCUGAAGCGUGAUGACGUCGAAUCUGGUUUACACUUCGCCGGCUUCUUGGUCCUGCAGACUCCUCUGAAGGAAGAUGCCAAACGAGCAAUCCAGAUGCUCAAUGAGAGCAGCCACCGAGUCAUCAUGAUCACCGGCGACAACCCACUCACAGCAGUGCACGUGGCAAGAGAAGUCGAAAUCGUUGACCGAGACUGUUUGAUCCUCGAUGCACCUGAGCAUGAUGAUUCCGGCACCAAAUUGGUUUGGCGAAGCGUUGAUGAAAAGGUCAUGAUUCCUGUGGACCCAACAGCUGACCUUGAUCCUGAAAUUCUCGAAACCAAGGAUCUCUGCGUUACAGGCUAUGCGUUGGCCAAAUUCACUGGACAGAAAGCCUUGCCUUCCCUGCUCCGACACACCUGGGUGUACGCACGAGUGUCACCCAAACAAAAAGAGGAAAUUCUUAUUGGAUUGAAAGAUCUCGGCUACACCACGUUGAUGUGUGGUGAUGGUACCAAUGAUGUGGGUGCACUCAAGCAAGCUCAUGUUGGUGUGGCUCUUCUCAACGGGUCUGCCGAGGACCUCAACAAGAUUGGUGAACAUUUCCGAACGACCAAGAUGAAAGAAAUCUACGAGAAGCAGGUGCAACUCAUGAAGAGGUUCAACCAACCUCCUCCACCUGUUCCGAUUGGUAUUGCACACCUGUAUCCACCAGGCCCCCAGAAUCCUCAUCAUGAGAAGGCCAUCAAAGCUCUGGCCGAGAAGAAAGGUAUCAAUCUGGAAGGUACCGAUGCAGAGAAUGGUGCCAUCGAAACAAUUACAUCACCGGGCGCUCAGGCAAUUCAGCAAUCGAAUGCAAAUCUCACGCCUCAACAACGACGCCAAGCUGAAGCAUCGCAGAAAGCCGCGAAUUGGGCCGACAAGUUCACGUCGAGCCUGAUGGAAAACGAACUGGAUGACAACGAGCCGCCGACAAUCAAGUUGGGCGAUGCUUCUGUGGCGGCGCCUUUCACGAGCAAGCUUGCCAAUGUCAUGGCCAUUGUAAAUAUCAUUCGCCAAGGCAGAUGUACUCUGGUGGCAACGAUCCAGAUGUACAAGAUCCUUGCCUUGAACUGUUUGAUCAGUGCGUACAGUCUAUCAGUCAUCUACCUGGCAGGCAUCAAGUUUGGCGACGGUCAAGUCACGAUUAGUGGCAUGCUGAUGUCGGUCUGUUUCCUUUCUAUCUCUCGGGCCAAACCGGUGGAAGCUCUGUCACGCGAGCGUCCUCAACCGAAUAUUCUGAAUGCAUACAUUCUGGGAUCUGUCUUGGCACAAUUCGCCAUUCAUUGCGGGACCUUGAUUUAUCUCUCACAAUUUGUCUAUCGACUCGUGCCGCCGGCAGAGGAAAUCGAUCUUGAAGGCGAAUUCGAGCCAUCACUCCUCAACAGCGCGGUUUAUCUGAUGCAGCUUAUUCAGCAAGUCUCCACGUUUGCCAUCAACUACCAGGGCCGGCCAUUCCGGGAGAGCAUCCGGGAAAACCGAGGCAUGUACUGGGGAUUGUUGGCCUGUUCUUUCGUGGCAUUCGCUGGAAGCACCGAAUUCUUGCCUGAGCUGAAUGAGAAACUACGCCUGGUGCCCUUCACCAGCGAGUUUAAGUGGACCCUCACCACUUUGAUGAUCGUCGAUUUUUGUGGAUGCUGGGUGGUGGAGCAGAUCUUCAAGUACCUGUUUAGCGACUUCCGGCCAAAGGACAUUGCGAUCAAGCGCCCGGAUCAAGUUGAGCGAGACGAAAAACGUAAGAGAGAACUGGCGGAGAAGGCCGAGCGAGAGAGGAUUGAAGCCAUUGAAAGGAAGAGAGGCGUGGCCGACAACACAAUCACUGCACAAGCGAAGUAG